AUGGAACAAGAUGUUAUAAAUUUGAAAAACCAUACUACUCAAUAUAAAGUACUGAAAGAUGAAGAAAUAAAACAAAAAGCCCUGAAGACAUAUAUGGAUAGCGAUGAGUAUAAAAAAGAAGUUGAAGCAAAUGUAAAGGCAGAAAAACUUUUACAGUUGCAAAACCAAACCGUACAGUAUGAAAACUUAGCACAAGAAAGUAAAAAUAACGACGCAGCCAUGCAAAAGGCAAUGAAAAGCGCAGAAUAUAUAAAAGCUAAUAAUGACUGGUUAGAUGCCCAAGCCAACGCUAAAGCAGCCCAACUUAUAGGGUCAAUAAGGACAAAAAUACAAGCGGAUGAAGACAGUUCAAAUGAAGCUUUAAUGAAUGCUGACUUUAAGAACGCCUUCGAAGCUCUUCAUAGUAAGGUGAAACUAGUGAACGACUUCUCAUCUGGAAAGAAACUGAAGUCUGAAGGUUUCGACAACGAGUUAAGAGAAGUAGCACAAAAUAUGACGAAAAUAACAGAUGCAGCAACGAGACAGGCAGUUCAAAGUGCCUAUGACGCCGUUAGAGCAACUGUUGUGGAAAGUCAAGAAAAAGAGUUACAACAGACCAAAACAGACCUAGUAAAUGCUUUCUUAAAAACGAAAAGUCAGGUAGGACAUUAUGCUGCAGAUGGAACAUAUGUGCCAGCUGGUGGAACUUAUAUACCAGCUGGUGGAACUUAUAUACUAGCUAGUGGAACUUAUAUACCACCAAACCCUCCAAGAGAAGCACCUGCACCAGGACUACCUAAAACAUUUACAUCGUCACAUGGACACAGACACAGGCAUGCACCAAAACCAACAGUUCAAAACACUGCACCAAAACCAACACAACAACCAACACAACAACCAACAGUUCAAAACACUGCACCACAACCAACA